CGCUGUGAACGGACACAAUAGUCCAGAGAAGCAGUGACUGGCAGUGAAUAAGAGUGAUUAUUAUCUUGUCUGUUUUACUUUGGUUCAUUAUACACUAGUGGGAUGAAUUUCUGUCUUUCAACACUGUACGUGGGUGAUCUACACCCCGAAGUGACAGAGUCCAUGCUGAAAGAUAUAUUCAGCCAUGCUGGUGAUGUUCACUCCAUCUGGGUCUGCAGAGACUGGAACACCGACACUUCACAUGGCCAUGCAUAUGUCAACUUUUACAACCAAUUCGAUGCUGAGCGAGCGUUGGCAACACUUAAUAGUGAGCUCCUUAUGGGGCAACCGAUGAAAGUCAUGCAGUGUCAGAGGGAUUCCAUCAUGCCUAUGAAUAACGACACAAGCUUAUUCAUCAAAAACUUGGACAUGGAGACAAUUGACAGCAUGGCCGUUUACGACCUCUUUUCGUGUUUUGGGAAAAUCCUGUCAUGCAAGGUUGUCGCCUAUAAGACAGGGACAAAAGGGUACGGUUGUGUCCAGUUUGAGUCUCAAGAAGCGGCGAAUUUGGCAAAGGAGAGGCUCAAUGGCAAAUACUUCAACGACAAUAAAGUGCUCAUCGAACACUUCAAGUCCCUUGAGGAGCGCCAGGCUGAGGCGAACGGCCGCUUACAGAAAGAGAUUGUGGACCUCUGUGUGAAGAACCUGGAUAAGACUAUAAAUGUUGAGUGGCUGCGAAUGGAGUUCUCCAAAUUUGGAACAGUCACCAAAGCAAAGAUCAUAACUAAUAACGGCCGCUCCAGAGGAUUUGGCUUUGUGCGAUUUUCAUCUUCUGAGGAAGCCAUGCAAGCGAAAAGCGAGCUAAAUGGCCAGAUGUUGGGCCAAAAGAAAGUCUCCAUAGACGUGGCACACCAGAGAGAAAAACGUCGUCGUAAUGUGCAGAGGAUAGAGGACAAUCAGACUCAGGACCAGACUGACACGUUUACACUCAGACAGAGGAUCGAGCAACACUGUACCAAUGCCAUAUGAUCACCUGUUACCUAUGGUUAAGGAAAUCUACCCAGCUAAGGCAGAUCAAAUCACCUCAAGGCUGGUUCAAAGUGAAAGAGUAUGAGAUAAUUAAAAUGAUUGGAGAUCCUA